AUGCAAAAGUCUACUGUUAUAUUGCUGUUCAUUGUUACUGUGGUAACAUGUAAUCACACUCCUUGUGACACAGCUCAUACCGCUGUCUGGAUGGUGUUCAAUGAUCUUGCCCAAGUUGAUAGAGAAUAUGCUUUGAAAUCUGCACUUCGUGGUCUGCAUAAAAAGAUUGUUGAUCCGGUAAGUCGGUUGUUGAUUGACCAAGAGCAAAGGUUGUAUACAUCAUGAUUAUGCAGUAGAUUUGCAAAUAGACUAUGCCAAGCUUUUUAGUCUACUUUUUGCAAUUUGAAUUUUUCUUUGCAAGACCUAAACUGAGCCUUUGAAACUAUAGUUUUAGAUAUGAGCUUAGUAGUCUUAGGCUGCGCCUAAAUGUUAGGCACGGCCAAUUUUGCUCAAGGCCGUCCCAAUCCGGCUCGAUUUGCUUCACGUAAAGUCGGGUCGGGCCAGACCGGGUUUUGAUUUUCAGGCCCGGCCGAUCUAAAUUUGGGUUAAAACCGGCUCGGCUCGUUCCGAAUGUCUACAUAGUUCAAGCCUCGGGUAGGGUAGGUUAAGGUAGGGUAGGGUAGGGUAAUUCAAAACAUUUGUUUUUCAGCAGACCUCCAUCGAUGACAAAAUUUGCUACCAAGCGAUACAACAAGCAUAUCAAGCACAAGUUGGCAUGACAGAGGCAACACCUUUCAAGUGUGAUGAGGCUUGUCGAUUCACAUUUGAUAUCAUUACAUAA